GAAACCCAAUCCGAACUUGAAAAAUUAAAGCAAGAAAGGAUGCAAAUUUGUAUACAAGCGGAUAAGAAUAGCGAAACAAACAGCUCUGUAUUAGAUAAAAUAUUGGAUGAGAUGGGAGUAGAUAAUGACAAAGACCUGACAGAUGAUGAUGAUGAACAAGCAGAUAUUGAAACAGCUCCAGAAUAG